AUGGCAGGUGCUAAUGAGCAUCAACGGCAACAUGCAUCCCAAUAUUAUGAAUAUCUUCCAAUGUCUGAGGAUGGGCGUCCCCAACCCGAGUCUCCUGGUAUGCCAAAUGUGCAGCAUCUUUCGAUGAACCACCCUCAAAGCGAUGAUACCGAGGUGCCUGCAAAAGUCAUGGUACGGCCCAUCAGCUCAGGAUCAAGCGGGUCUCAGAACUUCACCUUCGGAGUUCCACGGAAUCGUAAUAUACACAUCGCCAAAAAGCAUUCAACCAAUCUCCUCGAUUUCCCCCAAGGUGAGCUCAGUUCUAACCUAGACGCUGGUAAGCCUACAGAUGGCGAGGCCGUGGCUGCACGAGGGAGCAAUCAACGAAGUCCAGCUGCUCAAACGCCAAAUGAUCAUACCGGUCAUAAAAGACAAUCACCUAGCCUGAGGGACAUUCACACCAAUCUCUGCCACGUCUCAGAACCUCUGCCUGCAGGUCCUUUAGAGAACAGCGAGGCAACGCAGGAUGAUUAUAUGUGUGGCAACCAGGAAUUGACAAACCGCCAACCUUCGAAGAGAAUAUCCGUCCCUGAAACAUCAAGGAGAACCAUCUUGACAGACAGCCCAGAGUUACGUCUUGAUGUCAUCAGCGUCUUGCCGGUAUCGCCGGCUGGUGCGAGUCUGGACAAAUAUCGGGCGGAUGGUAGUGAGCCAGCAAAUUCGGGUCAUGCAAAGGUCAUUGAUUUGUCACCUAAUAUUGCAACGAAUGCCGAACCAUCUCGCAGUAGUGAGCACACCAGCUACAGAAAGGAGACACAAAGUGUAGUCGAUUUGACAGAUGACGACCGUCUAAACGAAAAAAGGCAUUUGUCUUCUCAAAGCUUAUGCAAAGAAGACAGUCCUACCCAUAUCGAGCUUUCGAGCAAAAGCAGGGUCACAUCUAGUGAGCAAGGAAGACAUACGCCAAGAAUGAUCGCAGGCGACCGCGGAACCGUCGGAAGCCCACACCAUUCGCCUAAGACGCCCUCACUGCGUGCGAGACAUGAGGGAGUGGAGAAGAAUCGUACUCUUAAGCAACAGCAGCCGUCGUUGCUGCCUUCAAACAGUUCAGCAGUCUCGGCUAAUCGUGUGCCGUCUGAGGAGGACUUGUACUUCCUCCUCCUGCAUCGAUACCGAAAAAGGGAGCAUAUUGAAAAGCAGCUUGCUGCACGACUCCGUCAGGUGGAAGCCGAGAACACAAGUCUAUGUGAAGCAGCACGGGAGUAUCAAAAGCAGCUUCAUGAUUUAGGUACAUCCCGCAGCAGACAGGCAGCAGAGAUCAGAGCCCAGAAAAUGGUGAUCAAUGACAUCAAGAACGGGUACGUGAAGAUCAAGGACUACAUGAAAAUGGUGCACAACGAGCAGGAGAGUUUAAAGGCCAAGGCAAUCUCAAUGGGCCAAGAAAAGCGUGCCUUACGAGAUGAGCAUGAUGGAAUCCAUCAAGCUAUCGAAGAAGCCAUAGAUUCCACGACUUCGUCCAGCCAUGCUAUAAACAAGCUCAAGACACACCUUUUAGAGGUUCGCCACGACGCUGCAUAUUUCGAAGAGACUGCCAACAAGGCCAACUUAAAGCUGCAGGGUGAGCAGCAGCUGCUUGUGCAAGAACGGCAGAAGAACAGAAAAUACGAAAACCAUAUCGUUGAUAUUACACGCCAGCAAGACAGGCUCAGCCUCGUGAUUAAGCGAGAACAGCAGCAUGUUUUGAAUGCAUUGAAUAGCAUUAAGGACAAACUCACUGGGCUGGAAGUGAACCACGCUACUGCUGCGGUGCCACCGACUCUUCCGGCUCUUGACCAGUGUGUUGAGAUGUUAUCAGCGCUGAUUAAGGUCGAGACAGCCAGCCCAGCGGAUGUGACAGACAUGAUACAAGUGGUAAAUGCACUGAUUAAAAGUUUCGACUCGUCAAAGAAACAAUUCGAGGAAUCUCUACAGAAAGCGACCACGGCUCGUGCAAACGCAGACGGCAAUCUCUUGUCUCAGAUAACCCAGCAUUUCAAUGAAUUGGCCCGCGAUUCCACGAACCAAGAUGAAAUCGCAGAGUUGCGAGAAACCAAGAAUUUGCUCGAGGAAAGAGUAAGAGGUAACGAAAAUAUGCUUAUGGAAAUCGGUAAGAGCAAGGUGUCUUCCGAGAAGCGAGAAGAGCAUGCGAGAGCUGGUAAUGACAAACUAUUGGAUGAAUUGUCCAAGCUGCGAGAACUAGCUUUGACAGCUAAGAAGGACUCUGGUCUGAUGCAACAGCAUCAGAAUCUACUCAUCAGAUACACGGGCGCAAAUAGUGCGCUGGUCGAGAUCAAGCAGAAGAUAGACGGCAAAGAUGGCAUGCUGCAGGCCCAAGAGCAACAAAUCCAAAGUCUGUCAGAUCAGCUAGGCCAGGCCCGAGUAGACCAACAGAAUUUGGUGGAAGAAGUUCAGGAAUUAUCGAAACGGCUUCUAGAGCAUGUGGAUACUACCAAUCGUGAAAAACAACAAAUGCUUGCUGAAAGAGAAAUGUGUAUCCGUGAUCUUCGGGAGGAGCUAACGACUCUGAGGAACAACUGUGAUAGCCAGGUGGAAGAACUGAAACAAGUCAAGUUGGCCCACCGUACCAUUUUGCAAGAGCUUGAUGAAUCGAGAUCUCGGCUCAGUCAAGCCAUCCGAGACUGCGACGGAGCCAAGUCCACGAUUGACGACUUGAACUUCCAGGUCGCGCAAAUGGACGACUUGCGAAAGCAGGCUGAUUGUGCGUCAAGUUUAGCGCUUGAGUGUGAAGCCAACAAUGGCGUCAUUGCAGAUCUGCGGCAGAAGCUCGAGUCUUUCAAGACCAUGCACCAGCAACUCCACGACCGUCGAAUUGACGCUGAGAACAAGAGUAUAGAGAUAUCCGAGCUCAAUACACGUUUACAAACCGCAGAGGCAACUAAACAGCAAGUCUCCACCCUCAUAACGGAGCUGCAUGAGUGCAAAGAAGAGACUCGGCGUUUGAGAGGCGCUCAAGACAGAGUAGGUCUCCUCGAAAGCCAAAUACAUCAAAAAAAUGAACAAAUCGAUCAGCUCAACAUUAAGGCCGCCCACUACAACGACACUCUCAGGAAGAUCGAUGACCUGCAGAAGCAGUUGAGCACAUCUAAGGACGAAUGUGAAUCCACAAGGUUGACUUUGAAAACCGCAAGGGAAGAAACUGCUCGAAUGCCAAUGUUGGAAAAUGAGACCAGAGCUCAGAAGGAUGAGAUCAAACAGCUAAGAGCAAAGCUGGCCGAAGCUGAGAAUAUUUGUACAGAUGUUCCCAAGAUGCAGGCACAGAUGGAUCAAUUCUCCGUGACAUUCAGUAAUCUGAAGCGCGACCUAGAGGAUGCUCAUCGAAAUGCCGAAGACGUACAGUCUACGAAGGCUACGAAUGCUUCGCUGCGUCGAACGAUCGUGGAGCUGCAGGAUCAGGCUGCCGUGGCCGAGCAGAAAAGCGAUUCUGUUAAGUGUUUGAGCGAAGAACUUCAACAGAAAAAUGCGCAAAUCACGGCACUUCGGGUAGAGUUGGACCGCUAUCAUGCCGAAUCACAGCUGCAAAAAGCAUCAAGACAAGCAGAUAUGGAGGACCUUCUGGGCAAGGAUUUUUUCCUGGAGACUGGCCGUCUUGCUGAGAACAAUCUUGCGCAAAAUGAGAGCGGUGCCAUCAACAGUGACCCGACGAGUAUGGAAAAAGAGACGCGUCAUGCCGACCAGGAGAAGACAACUUCUCGCAAGAUCAGAAGAAGUGCUAUUCGCAGCGCAAGCAAUCCGGAGGCCAGGACAGUCGAACCUGACCUGGACAAAGAUUUUUCGAAGCUCAGACAUCUCAGAGCCGAUGCUGUCCCUAUGGCAUCGGCAAACCAAGCAAAUGGAAGCCAUGCGUCUGCGGAGCGAAACCCUGACGAGGUUACAGUCGUUCCGGAGUCCCAGCCACGAGCACAAGAACUCCACAUGUGCUCUCCACCCAGAAAUGUGCAAGGCGGAUUGAAAGGAAUUAUCAUGAGCUCCUCACCGCUUAGUGAUAUUGGGGAACUGUUUGACCCGUCAGAUCAAGAUUUACCUACAGCGUCUCAGGACGUCAAGACCCAGGUUCACCGCAAUGAAUUUGGCGAUGUUGCUUUAGAGAACAGUGUCGCCGCAAUUGAGCAAACGCUCGACGAAGAGGACUCAUUAUCGAACGAGGGUCACCAAGGCAAUGGCUCGCGACGUCAAACAUAUAACUGCGAAAAGCUGAGCCAGGACAGUAGACCCCGCUCAAGCUCAUAUGGUGAACCACUGCUCCUCGACGAUCUAGAAGGGGUUGGGUCUUUGCAAACAAGUGGUUCGGGGAACAUUGCUCCUUCCACGCAGUCGAAUCCUGGUACCCAAGACAUACUUACCAGCCCCCUUUCGACCCUGCCACGAGGGCUACCGAAAAUGAACAUGCAAGUGAGGCCAAAGGUGACACCGCUGCCAAGACCAGACAUGAAGCUAGUCGAUGCCAACGAACGCAGCAAAAAUCUACCAAACAAUUCAAGCCCACGGAGAGUCCGCAGCAGCGAGUCUAGCUCUCAAACCAGCACGAGACGGCCUCUUCAGAACCUUGGUGACGAUGUCAACACCGCAAGGCCCGCUACUCCUCUACCCGUGAAGGAGAAGCACCAGCCCAACUCAGCGAUAAAGCGUAAAUCUGAGGCGGCAGGUAUGAGUGACGAGGCUACGCCUAAAGGGAAGAAGCGUGCAAGACGAAAUCUCUCGAAUAUGGAGGUUAGGAGUCGGCAAGGAACCGCUUCACAGUCACUCAGCUCGUCCACUCCAGACAAAGCUGGGCAAAGCAUGACUAGGCUUAAGCAAUCCUCCAACUCGACUGCAGGAAGCAGGAGCGCUAUUGUCGGCAAGAAUGCUCCAGCUCCGGGGAAUCGUCAGCGAUAUAACGAACGAUUUGGAACCCAGCGCGACUGA